CGGUUCACGACGUUUCAGGGCAACGACCGACGAUGAGCGAAGUCGUCAUCUGCAGCUUCGAGGCCGGACUCUAUGGCCUCGACGAAGCCUCGCACGAGUGGGUGCUCUCGGUGCCCGACGCCAUCCACGUCCACGUCUUUAUGGACGACGCUGGCCUCUUCCGGCUUGUGGGCUGGGUCCAAGCCAAUGGCGAUGUCGUCGUCAAGCACGCGAUCACGCGCGACUGCAUCUGGCUUGACGUCAACGAGUACUUCGCCCAGAUGACCAACGCGAUUGACGUGACGUACGGCCUCGCGUUCACCGAGCCAGGCCUCGCGACCGACGCGUCCAACGCCGUGCGCAAGAUCCUCUCGCGCCUCCAAAGCGAGACCGAGCGCGACAACAACCCGCCGGCCGCCAUUGCGCUCGAGUUCUCCGAGCCGGUGAGCCCGACGUCCGAUCUGCUCGCGUUGGAAGGCCUUCCUAUUCUGGCCCCCCUUUUCUCGGCAACGACACCGCCCCGCGCCAUGCGUAAGAGCUACCCGUUCGCCCCACCCAGCCCGAACCGACCGUCCAGUACGCGCAACAAGCGCAGUGCAAGCGUCCCGCAGCCGGGCGCGCCGCUCGAGUGCGUCAAGAAUUUUCGGCGCGGGAGCUUUCCACUGGCGAUGGCGCCACUCUUGGAUCCGUCGCCGCCGCCGAGCUCGUCCGCGUCGCGCAACAGCUCGCGCCGGCAGUCGCUCGCGAGCUUUGAGGAAGUCGAGCAAGCGGCGACGGCAGCCAUCGAUGCCACCACAACGCCGCCCAAGCCGGCACUCGAACCCGUCGUGCGUGACAAACCCGUAAUGUACCCGAGCUGCAUACUACCGGAAGACGAGCACAUUAGUCGCCCGUACCAGAUGCGUCAGGAGGUGCACGUGACGUUCAACGCAGAGCUGGCGCGCUACGAAGGUCUCCCGACUGCGUGGCGCAGCCUCAACAAGCAGUUUGGUCUCCCGAUCGACGCCGUGCCCAAGCGCAAGGUCGAGGGCUACGACGCCAAGAUCCCGGCUGUGCUCCAAAUGAUGCGCGAGUACCUCGUUCAAAACGGCGGCCUCGAGACCGAAGGCAUCUUUCGACUCGCGCCCGACAAGGAGGCGUGUAGCGCGGUCAAGGACGCCAUGAACAACGGCGUCUUUACCGGCUGCAGCGACGUGCACAUCAUUGCCAACCUCAUCAAGGUCUGGUUCCGAGAGCUGCCCGAUAGCCUUCUCGACGUCAUUCCAGAAAAGUGCAUUUAUAAAGUGUGCGGCGUCACCGACCCGACGCAGGUCCUCGACGUCCUCCGCGACGUGCCGACGUCGCAACGCAGCGUCAUCUUGUGGCUCCUCGACCUCAUGGCCGCCGUCGUCAUGUGCGAAAAGCAGACCAAAAUGAGCGCGAAAAACAUGGGUACGGCCGCGUACACGAUUGCAGGCGACGAGCAGCCGUGUUGUAGCCAUCGUGCUGUCGCCCAACCUCUUCAGCAUCGCGUCCGACAACCCGAUGGUCGCGCUCACCAUGUCCCAAAAGGUUGCCGAGUUUACGACCGUGCUCCUCAAGGCGCGGCUCGUCGUGCAGCACGGAUACACGCCGCGCGCCUAGCCCUCCAUGUCAACAUUGCAUCGUUUCCAUUGGCCAACAUGUACAAACUUGUCUGUGCGAAAUGACGUGCGUACGGGCCAUGACCACUUUCGAAAAGCGCUAAGAAAUAAUCUAAGAACGAGCGCAUGAACCCUAGAGUGCCGACGCCGCGCGCCUUGCGGUGUCGGAGUAUCCAUUUUGCAUCGUUGAAUGUACAAUACCG